AGGAGAGUUUGGGAGCCUGGUGAGAGAAUGUGGAACUACUUACUGGGAAAAGCCAUGCUUGAAGCAAAGGAUGAUGUUCCAGGAAACUACAUAGGAGAGGAGAGAAUAUAAUGCAGCACUUGGCCAAACAGACCAGGAGAGGCAGACAGACAGACAGACUCUGGGCGGUGGCUGAGUGGGUCCCAGUGCAACUCCUAACACUCGGUCUCUGACCACUCUCCCCUUUCACACCAGAGCAGGUGAACCCUUCAUUAACGCCCACAUUUUGCUUCCUGAAAAAAACACAUUCACAACCCGGAUCCGGUGAGAGGAAGAACAUCACAGAGUUUUAUUUGAGUUGUGUGUAUUUGAGCUUCUUGAGGGCGAUCAACAAAGACAGACCAGAACCCCCCACCAACAACACCAACAACAACACCACCACCCACACCACCAACAACACCACCACCCACACCAGGACGAUGGCUGGGGUCAACACAUGCAUCAAAUAUUCCAUGUUUCUCUUCAACUUGGUAUUUUGGUUGUGUGGUUCUGUGAUACUUGGAGUUUCAAUAUGGCUUCGUGUUAGUGAUACUAUGCCAGAGAACUCCAGCUUGGAUCUGCCAAGUCUUUAUCCUGCUGUUAAUCUUAUGAUUGGUAUUGGGGCCAUCAUUAUGGUGCUUGGGUUCUUAGGUUGUUGCGGAGCGAUUAAAGAAAGCAAAUGCAUGUUGCUCCUGUUUUUUAUUGGCCUGUUUCUUAUUCUGGCACUUCAAAUAACUGCUGGCGUUUUAGGUGCAGUUUAUAAAUCAGAGACUGAAUCAAAGUUAAAUGAUAGUCUUCAUGCUUUAGUGCCAUUAAAUACACAAUCAGAAGAGAUUAAAACUGAGAUAGAGUUGAUGCAGGAGAAGUUUAAAUGCUGUGGUCUGCUCAAUGGCUACAAAGACUGGGGAAGUAAACUUGUUCCAGAAUCCUGCAAAUGUGAUAUUCAAUCAUCGUCGGAAUGCAUAAAAACACCUGAUGGUUCAUACUGGAGCAAGACAUGUUCUGUCAAGAUAGCUGAGGUUUUAGAGGCAAACCAAAUGAUAAUUAUUGGUGUUGCCUUUGGCCUGUUAGCAGUUGAGCUUUUUGGACUGAUCUUUUCCAUGAUCCUCUACUGUCAAAUCAAGAACAAGUGAGCAGGAAGAUUCCCUUGACUCAGUGCCUUGGUUCUUCAGGAGUUCUUCAUUUUGUAUUUUUUUUAACAAAUAUUUCUAAUCCUUCGACUGCAGUCUGCUUGACUCAGUGCUUUGGUUUUCCAGGAGUUCUUAAUUUUGUAUUUUUGUUUGAAUAUUUUUAACCCUUCUGUUGCAGUCUUGACCUCCUGAGUUUUUAAGUAAGAUGGCUCAUGUUGAAUGUGGAGUUUCCAUUGUGUAACAAUACAUAGUUGUGAUUAUUUGUAGGUAAUUCAGGUUAUUUUGGAAUGCACUAUUAAAUCAAUAGCUGAAACUUGUGUUAUUCAGAUUUGCUCUACCCCCACGACCAUCACCCCCACGGCCCCCCAAUUAGACGCUCCGUUCAUUCAGUGAACACAGACCUGCUUGAUGUCCCCCACACUCCCCAUCGAUGGGCGAGAUAUCAGACAUUUUGCUCACUCCCCCACCCCGCGCUUUCUAGAAUUCCAUCCUGGAAUCCCUCCAACUCAUUCUCUUCCUCCCCAUUGUUGAAGACUGCUUCAAGACUUGCUUUGCCAGGCUUUCAGUCAUUUACUUCAUGGUUGUUUGUGCGAUAUUGCUCUAUCCAAAUGGGUUGCCUCAACCACCUACAAAUACGUAUUCACUACACAUCACAGAAACAAUUCUGUGGAGCGCUUUGAAAUGUUUUUGAUGUUGUAGGGCGCUCUAUCAAAUGGAAAGAAUAGUAUUAUCCUGUGCUAAUCUCUAAAAAUAGUAGUAUGUUUAAUAACGCAUAGGUGAGGCCUGCUUAACUUGUGCUAUCCCAUCUAGACUCCCAUUUGUUGACAAAAUCCCGAGCAUUGGCAAAUAAAUGUGAAGUAUGAAUUCACCAUUAUCGUUGGUAAUUAGCUAGUAACUGGGUUUAUGUGGGGAGGAGUGCAAGAAGAAGGAGGAGUGUGAUACAUGACCCAAAGUUUAAAUAAUGCUGUAAAAGUAUCCAACAAAUUGGAUAUUAUGGCCAUGAUUAGGGCCAAAUUGUAUUGGGAUUUUGAGCAAAUGAUCCAGAAUGAAGUUAUAAUGUUUAAUCAAAGUGGAUAUUGCAUGAUUUUAAUCUAGAAAUAUUCUUGGUGGCUUGAAGAUGUAAAUACUUGUAUAUGGGUUCGUAAUCACUAUGAUUAAAAAUGAAUACUUGUCAA